UGGAUGUGAGCAAUAAAUUCACAUCGAUUGACGACUUUACUGGAGUUUAUUCCUUUUUGUCUAAUAAAUAUCCAUCAUCUGUUUUUCAUGAGAAUAAAAAAUUUCUCAGCUGCUUCAGUGCUUUACUUUACUCUCAGUAUAAUCUAUCUGAUGAACAGCUUGAGAUAUUCGAAAAACAAUGUAAUGAAAACACUUUGAACUUUUUGUGUCGAAACAAGAACUUGAAGGAAGCGGAAGAUUGGGAUCAAAAGAAGCUUGGCAUCAUGACAAAAAUUGUACGAGACAAGUUUAUACGUCAUUCAGAUUUGCGCGAAAAGCUCAAAGACACAGGAACACGUCCUUUGAUUUGGCUUAAUUCAGAAGACGAUUUUUUUGGUAUUGUGGGCGAAAAAGGUUUGAACCAUCUUGGCCAGAUUUUGAUGGACACGCGUCGAGAUAUUCAUAACAGUAAAGAUUUACAAGCUUGGAUAGCGACAAAUAUUCCCAUUGAAACAGAGCCUCAGCAACGUCCCGACGUAACCCUUUUAGAGUAUAAACCUCCAAAUCUUACCGUUAUUGAAGAAACCCAUAUUCUAGAUCCUAAUUACCAAUAUUGGUUGGUGGGAAAAUUCGCGACUCACCACAUUCGCCCCUUGAAUCCUACAGUAAGCCGGAAUCACGCGGUUCUUGUUAUCGACGACGCUGGAAAUGUACUUAUUGUAGAUCUUAAAAGUAAACUGGGCACAUACGUGAACGAUGAAAAAAUUGAAAAUCCUUAUGUGCCUUAUAAUCUUUUAGAGGGAGAUGCACUUAAAUUUGCGUCAUCGAAUCGAAUUUACAUUGUUAAAAUAGAUAAAACUCGAAUUAUGAAGUAUCUCCAAAAAAAAUGUAACGCGCUUUCCACUGAAAUCACCCAAAUGAGUAAUGUUCUUUAUGAUUCAACUAAAUCUUCCAAGAGUCAAGAAACGAAAAUUCUAGUUCGGAAUUUAAAUUAUACGACAACAACAACGGAUAUAUCUGACUUCUUUUCAAGCUAUGGCGAAAUACAAGAUAUUAAAUUACCUCUAAAUGAAAAGAGAAAUUUCAAGUCGAAUCUUGUUCCAAAUAAAGGAUUUUGUAUUAUUCAUUUCCGCGACCCUAAGGCUGCUUCAGCCUCUUUUGCCAAAAAUGGAGCUUUUUUAAAUAAAAGACAUAUUAAGAUUGAGUACUACGUUGAAAAACCCUUAACUACUUUCGAAUCACAACCUUCCUCUAACAAAAGACCAUUUGCAAAAAGGCAGGAAACAAAUGGUGUAAAAGAAGCAAACUUUGGGACCCAAAGAAAAACGCAAACUACUCACUUUCAUAACUCGAAUAAAUCCUAUAUACAUAACGACGCGGGGAACCGUCCCACUCAAACACCAGCACUUAACAGCCCACAUUUCCUGGAUAAGGGGCCUUCGCAUAGUCCAUUGGAAUCACGAUUAUCUAGAAAGCGGUCAAGAUUUCGCACACCUGAUUCUUAUCAUCACCAGCAUAAUCGUACAUCGUUUUCCGAACGCUCUUUAGAUUCCUCUCAUAGAUAACCACUAUGUACUU